AUGGAAUCUUCUAGCGAUGCGGUGGAUGCGGCAGUUGCGCGCAUGGUAGAGUUAUUGCGCUCACCUGACGAUUUAGUGAAAAUAAGUCUUAUACGUAAAAGACUUACAAAAGAAAAGGCCACCAUCGAUGCUCAGUUAAAGACUGGAGUCAAAGCACAACUUGAUAAUACUCAGGAAGGACUCGAAACUUUGACAUCCUCAAGAAAACAAAUGUUAACUAUUAAAGAUAACAUGUAUAGCAUUGAUCGGUUAUGCUCUAGCGCGCAAGAUAUGAUUGAUCAUUUUCCAUGGAUCAAUAAAAUUUCACAAAUUCACCGUAAUUUCAUGGCAACUCAGGAAACAAUUGAUCGUCUAAAGGAAAUGUAUCAACGAAUCGAUCAAAUUCAAGCUAUGCUGGAUUAUGAUAAACAAAAUGUUUUAGGAACAGCAAAGAAUCUUUUGCCUAUUCAUUUUCAACUAUAUCGAUUGGAAGAGUUCCGAGAAAGUUCAAUGAAUCAAGCGAAAAGUUGUUCUCAGGAUGUUAUUGAAACUUUAAAGCAUUAUUUUGAGAGAUUAGAUGAAUUUUCAGCCGAGUUUAAUGAAUAUCUAUGGACAUUAACUAAAAAUAUAAUUGUUUUAGCGAAAAUUGGACAAAGAUCCGUUAUAGUGCGUCUCAUUAAAAUAAUUGAGUUGGAAGAGCGAGCGGACGAACGUGCUAAAUUAGCUGAACAAGCUCUCCAUAGUCAUCAAGAUUUAGCAGACAAGUUUAAAUCAGUACAGAAGAUUCCACGCGUCAUUAGAUCUUUUCACAAACUAACGAAAUCGGAUCCAGAUGCAGGAACAAUUCUACGAAUAAUUCGCUGGGUACGAGAAUAUUACAAGACAAUGAAAAAGGAUAUUCGUAUCACUGAGGAAUUAUUGGAACCACUAUUAUUGGAUGGACGAGAGCAAGACUUGAUUGACGACUACCUGAAAUUAAUUCGCAGUAAAUUAGAAGAAUGGAUGAACAAUUUGAUGGAUGGAGAAACAAAAGAUUUCACUGAACGAAGUAAACCACCGGAAAUGGACGGUGAUAAAUUAUAUGGACUUUCAGGAGCGGUUAUUAUGUUUCAGAUGGUUAAUCAACAAAUAGAUGUGGCUGCAGAAUCUGGACAAGCGAAAAUCCUCGCUGAUGUCGUGAAAGAGUGCAGUGAGGUAAUGGUUGCGACGCAACAGCAGUGGACGCAAUUAUUAAAAGCUGAAUUUAAACGACAAAUUGAUAAAAAAGAAGAGGCACCGGGUGGUUUCGUGGAAUAUGUCAUUGCAUUGGCGAAUGAUCAAAUUCGUUGUGCUAAUUUCACAGAUGAUGUCGUCACUAGACUUGGACCUUUAUUAUCAGAGAAAUAUCGAAAGCAGAUAAAUGAUAAUCUUAACGAAGCAGCCAAUGGCUUUUUGGCUGUUGCAAGAGCUUGUACUCAAACAUUAUUGGAUCAAGUAUUCCAUGAUCUUAAACAACCAUUCAGUCAACUUUACACUGUACAUUGGUAUCAAGAAGAUCCAAUGGCACUCAUCAUUGAAACAAUAAAAGAUUACACACGCGACUUCCAAAACAACCUCCAAAAUUAUCUUCUUGACAAAUUAAUGACCGACACUUUAUCCCGUUUCAUGAUUGCAUGGAUUGAAGCGUUACGUAAUAAAGGCGCGAAAUUCAAAAUGCCAGAAUGUCUUGAUCGAAUCACUAACGAUGUCCGAACGGCAUUUGGAUUCUUUCACGAUCAUAUCCCACAACAGGAUCUCGAGAAUACUUUCGACGUCUAUGAAAGAAUUCAUUCCUUACUUGCCAGCUCACGAAAAACUAUUUUCCUCGACUAUUACAAUAUGAAGAAAGCAUACGGUGAUGUAUCGAUUGCCCUAAUUGAGGAUAUAUUGUCGAAACGCGACGAUUUGGAAAAAUCGCAAUUCAAGGAAAUUAUGGAAAAUAUCAAAACAAAACAAAAGGAAGCACCGGAGUACACCGGUGAACCAACUAUUUUUAGCAAAAUUUCUUCGUAA